UUUCAGCCCUAUAUUCUACUGCAACAAGGUUGAGUAUCUUGUCUAUGCUGGUGGAUUAUUAACAGAGGUUAUUGGUCUCCAUGGCAAAAUGAUUGCAAAGGACGUAAUCUUAUUUAUGAGGGUGCAAAAAAAAAAGAAAGGACUUAGUGUCAAGCAGAAUGUAUAAAUGCCUGUUGCCAUCGAGGUUCUGCUGUAUUUGAGAGGCUGAAGCAACUCCAAGGACACAGUUCACGGGCUGAUUUCGUUUCUGAGCUCCAAAAUACGGAUUGACUUGUGGACAAUUAUUAAGACGCUGUGGCCAAUAAUUUGAAGAGAGCCUGUGAAGAAGGCAGCGAAGGACUUUGUAUCACAAACCUUGUAUCUCCAUCUCCAGCAUGUGCACUGGGAGCUGUGCCAAGUGCCUGGGGGGCACCCUCAUUCCCCUCACUGUGUUUGGCUUCCUGGCUAACAUCCUGCUAUUUUUCCCUGGAGGAAAAGUGAUAGACAACAAUGACCACCUUUCCGAUGAAGUCUGGCUUUUUGGAGGAAUAUUAGGAAGCGGAGUUUUGAUGAUCUUCCCUGCACUGGUGUUCUUGGGCCUGAAGAACAAUGACUGCUGUGGGUGCUGUGGCAACGAGAGCUGCGGGAAGCGCUUCGCGAUGUUCACCUCCACAAUAUUUGCCGUGGUUGGAUUCUUGGGUGCCGGAUACUCAUUUAUCAUCUCAGCCGUCUCAAUCAACAAGGGGCCAAAAUGUUUCAUAGCCAGGAAUAGCACGUGGGGCUACCCUUUCCAGGACGGGGAUUACCUCAGUAACCGGGAUUUAUGGAGCAACUGCCAAAAGCCGGACAACGUGGUUCCCUGGAAUCUGACCCUCUUCUCCAUCCUGCUGAUCACAGGAGGGGUCCAGAUGCUUAUCUGUGCCAUCCAGGUGAUCAAUGGCCUUCUGGGGACCCUGUGUGGAGACUGCCAGUGUUGUGGCUGCUGCAGGGGAGAUGGACCAGUCUGAACCUCUCUGAUGAGCUGCUCUAACUUGAUGGCGUGUGAGAAGAUACAUUCAAUGCUUUUCCCCUCCGGAGGUUACUAAUUCCUAUCUGCUUCCCAACUGACAAAGCUUAGGGAGGCCAGAGUUAGUCCUUCUUUCCAACCAGCUGAGCUCAAGUUAUAAUUUUAUGCUAGUUUCAAAUUAGAAAAAAAAAUAGUUUUCACCACUUAAGUAAUAUUUAUGAGUCUUACAAAUUAGCUUCCUUUUAGAAUUGAAGAGCGGGUUCAAAGCAAAUACUCCAUCAUUUUUUCUUUAAGAGUGAAAACUGUAUAAAGUCACAAGUACUGCCUUACUGCUUCUUUGUAUAUUGAGUUGUUAAUAUCUUUGGAAGUUUUACAGAAGUCACAUGAGGAAUGCACAUUAAAAAUAAAAUGAGAAGCUAAGACCAGUUUUUAUUUUAAAGAUUUAUGGGAAAAAAAAGAAUGACUGAUGUAUCAUAAAUAAUUUUUAUUUGUUGUCUUUUGGGCUAACAUGUUUGAAUUACUUGUUACUAGUCUUUGAGGCCUGCCAUCAUUUGCUAGGUUUUCUUUAUGUAUAUUAAAUUAAAAUCAGAAUUCAGAGGUAAUAUAAUAAAGAUUGUGUGUUUGGGGGGAGGGGCAAAAGAUUGAAUGAA